UUAAGCCCCGUAGGGAUGCAUUGCACUGACGUUGCAGCACAUCCCUUCAGCCUCCCCCCUCGCUUUUAAAGCUGAGCUCUGGAGCCAAGAAGAAGACAUGAGGAUAGAGUGAGUGGGAGCAGGCACAGUCCUCCCCCCAACUUCACCCACCCACCUAUCACCUUUCAGCCUACCCAGUGUCUAUACAAGUAAGGAGUCCGUAGCAGGGAGCAGAGGCAGGAGCACCACGCAGCAAUGCAGACAUCCAUGGAGUUAAAGAAAUCCAUCUCUGCCACCUUGGAGACAGAAAAGGCAGUGAAGAGCUAUGGAGCAGUGGAGGAAACUGACUGGAAGGCAGGGGGUCUGGGGAGAAAUCAACUUGAUAUUGUUUCAAUGGCUGAGACAACCAUGACGCCAGAGGAAAUCGAACUUGAAAUGACUAAAAUCCAGCGGCUUCGAGAAGUCUUAGUGAGACGGGAAUCUGAACUCAGAUUUAUGAUUGAUGACAUUCAGCUGUGCAGAGAAAUCAUGAGCCUGAAGCAAGAAUUGCAGACCUUAGAUGUGUCUGAAAAGGAUAAAACAAGUCAGCAGAAAAAAAGAGAAGAUGAACUAAUUCAGAAGAUCCAGAAGUUGGUACAGAAAAGAGAUUUCCUCGUAGAUGAUGCAGAAGUGGAACGGUUAAGAGAAAAAGAAGAAGACAAAGAAAUUGCAGACUUCCUUCGCAUCAAAUUAAAACCCCUUGAUAAAGUCACAAGGCCAGCUGCCACACCUCUUUCUCAACAGUUCUACCAGGAAGUUCAAUCGCUCCCAUUCCCAGGGUCGGAGUUCAAGCAGGUCUGCUGUGAUUCCUUGAUGCCAGGCAUUAUGUCCAAAAUUGGUGUGAACCCAGAGAAGAAAACUAGACUUCCAACAAGCAAAACAUCAAUAACAAAGACAGGAAUGGCCAUCCUCAAAGAUUGUUGUGGGACCACCCAGUGCAGCAUCAUGUAACGCACAGCCUCCACCUGGUUAUCCAAAUUUCUCUAUAAGUUGCUGGCUGGGUUCUUUAAGAGAGGGUUCAACGCAUCUAGAAUCCUUCUGCCAAGAACUGUACAUGCUGUAGAUAAUACAGCAACACAUUUUCCAAUAGUGUAUCAAUAGUCAAUCCCUCUCUGUCGCAUGGAACACUCAACAAGCAUGUUUAAAGAGGAGCGUGUACGUAC